CGGGCAGCUGUCUCUCUCGCUCUCUCUCUCUCUCUCUCUCUCGCUCUCUCUGGGGUUUUGAGGGUGUCGUUGUAACUGCACUGUUACUGCUGUUUCCUCCUUGCUGAACUUCGCAGGCUCAGGGUGCAGCUCCAGAUCAGAGACGUGCGCCUGCAUCGAUCCCAGCUACAGGGAUGUUUUGUGAAAGUGCUCUCUGGAGAAUGCGGUUCUGCCUGGACUCCGAGCCCCCCCACGCGGCCCCCUCCGAGCUCGAACCGCCGCACGGGGACAUGGCGGAGCCCGGCGGUUUUCCGGAACGUUCCGCCAGGCCCCGGUCAGCGACGGAGGCGCCCGGCGGAGACGGGCGCGGCGCCGUUCCGGGCCCGUCCCAAACUGUGCCCGGGGGUCGUCGCGGCGACCGGAACAGCAUCCCCGCGCAGAGCAGGCAGACCACCCCCGAAUUGGACAUCCCCUGGCUGUCCAAACCCAGCGGGGACACCUUCCUGGUGCCGUCGUCCUGCAAGAGCAUCUGCAAGAACUACAGCGACCUGCUGAUCGGGGGCGACCAGGUCCUCCCCCUCAGCCUCGGCGCGGGACAGGGGGAGGCGGCCGGCAGCCCCCGCCUCCCCAGCGGGCCGUUCCUGCAGUCCAGCGAAAUCCCCCCGCCCCUGGAGUCCCCCCCCGGACGGGGCUCGCCGCCCCGCUCGUCCCGGGCCCCCGCGCGCGGCGACUCCUCCCGCUGGCGGACGAGCAGCGGCAAGGACCGCAGCUUCCUGUUCCACGGCGGCGGCGGCGGCCCGCUCUCCAACUCGCAGCUGAACGCGUACCUGGAGCAGAAGCUGGUGGACCUGUACCGCCAGUACAUGGUGGAGAGCCUGGCCCAGCAGGGCUCCCCCUCCGCCGUGCUGGCCUCCGAGCUCAUCCUCACCAGCGUGGACCAGAUCACCCAGCAGCUGUCCCGCGAGCAGAACCUGGAGGCCGCCCGGGCCAAGGACAUGGUGAUCAGCUGCCUGCUGCGCGUGGCCAGCGGCCUGCCCUCGUCCGGUGAGAUCAGCACCCCCCAGCUCCAGAUCUCCGAGGACCAGCCCUGAGGGCCCUUGGGGGGGGGGGCUAAGGGGCCCUAAGAACGCUGCUGAGGGCCCUGAGAGUGCAUUUGGGGCCCCUAAGGGUACGGCUGAGGGCUUUAAGGAUGUGGCUGAGGGGCCCUAAGAGUGCUGCUGAGGGGCCCUAAGAUUGUGCCUGAGGGCCCUAAGAGUGUGCCUGAGGGCCCUAAGAUUGUGCCUGAGGGCCCUUAAGGGCGUGGCUGAGGGCCCUAAGAUAGAGGGGCUGCACAGUUUAACGCUCGGCUUUUUAACCGCAGUUCUUUUUGGCUUUAAUUGUGUAAACAGCUGCGCGCAGCGGCGAGGGUUUGCUCCUUCAUCACACGGCAGUAAAGCCUCCCCCCCCCCAGGAAACACACACGCGCCGCUGACAGCUGCACCGCACCCAAAAAGUGUCAGAUUAAUUAAACGAUCGGGGUGUUAAAUAAUUAAAGCAGACGCCAGGCGCGAAACAGUCACACCCUCCAUCAUACGCGCCGCUGGACCAGGGCGUCGCCCCAGCCAGAGAGGAGCAGACAGGGCUUUUAUGACAGGGCUGGUGCUGGAGGGUUAGCGCACUGAGGAGGAUCCCCGUGAAACAGCAGCCCGACACUGCGAACGUUAUCGCAGUCUCCCCUGAUUGGACCGACGCUCUCGCCCGCAUCUUCACAAGGUCUGAUGUAGUUUGGUAAUUAAAAAGCCCGUCUUCGUCAACAAAGUAAAGCUCAUCACGACCCAGCUGGAUCCGUUUGAAGUGGCGGACGUUUUUUUUAAAAAGACCCCCGUUGUCUGAGGAAUUCAGACGGCGCUGCCCUUCAAAAGAACGACUUCCAUCCUUUUUUCGGUUUAUGAGGCACCUGACCUUGUGCUUCUUCGAUUAAUUUUUCAAAAUAAUAAAGAAGGACAAAAAGCCAGACAUCUGUACUGCAACUGAAGGGAAAAUAAAAUUGAUUUUUUUCCCCCUG